AUGAAAUUCACAGCAACAUUGGAGGAAGAUGAACGAGGGAAGGACGUUAUUGCUCAGCAAGAGGCUAUAUCUUAUCCUUCGUUGCGGUUGCAGAACUCAGCAGACCUAGCUCAUUCCCAUCCCUAUCCUCAACGCACGCUGCUGCAGGACAGGAAUCUGUACCCCUCCUGCGCGAGUGUGGCGCAGAGGGAAUGUUUAUGGUUUGGUGGAUGGAUCUACGGGGUGGAUAUCAUCUUCUUUGGCACAGUUCUGGCAUAUCCGAAGGGAGGGGGUGGUGGUGGGAGAGGCGGAGGCGGACGUGGCAAGGGAGGGGGGAAAGGAAAGGGCCAAGGCAGACCCAAAUCCAAACCAGUCAAGAUCAAGGUGCCGAAGGUGAAGAAACGCCCGCCGCUCGUAUUUUCGUCGACCUCUGGUGGGAAAACAACAACAAUAUGUCGAGAUCCUGUAACCAACCAACAAGUGCCUUGCCCGAAAAACAAUCAAACAGGAAAGAUCGCGGGAAUUGUUAUUGGAAGCUUGGUUGGAGCAGUUAUCCUCGGAAUUGGAGUGUUCUUUGCUCUGGCCAACCCGAGAGUUGCCAUAGCUUCUUGCAAGCUCAAGCUCAAAUACGGUCUGAAACCCGGACGACGAUGA